AUGAUCUCUCAGGUUUUCCUUUUGGCUUCUUUGGCAGUGGCUGCCUUCGCCAGUCUACAUUAUGAACCUAUCCACCACCCCCAACCUUUCAAAUUCGGCUACAGCGUGAAAGACAAGCAUGGUGAACAGCAUCGUGAAGAAGUUGGCGAUGGCAAGAACGUGAAGGGAAGCUACGGAUUCACCGAUGCCAGGGGUAUCAAGCGACAGGUCAACUACGUUGCCGACCAUGGAGGUUUCAGAGCUGAGGUCAAGACCAACGAACCCGGAACCGCCAACCAGAACCCAGCAGCCGUCCACAUCAUUUCUGAUGCUCCCUACGGACACGGAGGAUACGCUGGAGCUCCCGUACUUGGAUAUGCUGGAGUUGGAGGAUAUGGAUAUGGAGGUGUUGGAGCAGCCGGUUUGGGAUAUGGAUAUGGCGGUGUUGGAGCAGCCGGUUUGGGAUAUGGAUAUGGCGGUCUGGGAUACGGAUAUGGUGGUCUUGGAGGAUAUGGAGGUCUCGGUUAUGGAGGAUAUGGCCUUGGCAACGGGCUCCUCGGUGGCUUGGGAUAUGCACGAUACGGAUUUUAG